UGUGGAGCAGUAUAUUCAUUACUCGAUUCAUUAUAACGCCGGGCAAGACUUUGUGCCCACCAAAAGAAUGGUGAUCACUUCGAACAAUUUCUCUGAACAACUCGGAGCAAUUUCAUCGAUUAUUUCAUUAAAUUCGUUGUGAAGAAAAAGAAGACAGCUAUAACAAUGAAUAUCAGCAGACAACAAACCUUCGACUCUCACGGUAAGCCUUUGGCUUCAUCCACAUUCAUCGCGAAUGAAAAGGAGGAACCAUAUGAUAAAAGGAAUCCAAGAAAUAAACACAUGGAGUAUGAUGCAUUCAGGGAAGGCAAUGUAAAAGAUAAAAUAAGUUUCUGGGAGGAACAUUCUAGGAAAUUCGCAGAAAAACAUGGUUUUGUGGAUAUUCCAAAGAAGAAGAUUGUGAAAACAAAAUUCAAACUGGUGAAAUCGGGAAUUUAUUCCUGCUCAGGCCCUCAUCCAGGGUUUCAUUUUAUAAGCAGCGAAACUAUAACAUCGACUGGAUACUCAGACUUUAUCAGCACAAGCAAUCGAAUCACAUCAAUGUCCACACCAACCAGUGAAUCUGGGAUCGAAUCAAAUGAAGAACAACAUGUUGAUGAAGAUGUUGGGAAAUUUGAAAAGGCCAUAUCUCAAACAAAAUCUUUUAGAGAUAUAGGCGUUAAUACGUCCUACCAAAAACAACAAAUUGUGAAUAAUUAUGAAGAGACCGAGGAAUCUAGAGAAUCGACGAAUGAGGUGUUGGAUUGGAAUAAAUUAGUUGCCUUCAAAGAAGAAAUUUUCCAAAUGAAUGCUGAUUUUAUGGCAGAAGUCAGUCGAGAAGAGCUAAGAGAGGUUCAGCCUACACGAAAUCUGCUUUCCAGCAUUAACAGAACUGUCACUAGGUACACCAAGGAAAUUGUUGUGUUUUAUGUAUUUUUCAGAAUAGCGACAAUCAUUUUUUUCUUUUUUUGCUAAUUUUUUCAGUUUAUUUUGUUCAUUUAGAUUUUGCUUCUUCUGCUGUUAUUCAAAAUUGUCAAGCAUAUCUAAAUUUUGGCAACGUAUAUAUUGUUUUAGUACAAUAUGCAAUUGCAAAUACAAUAAAAAAUUACCAAAAAUCCUAAAAAGUGUACUUAACGAAAUUUUUUCGAUCUUUAUAGAUUAUUAUUAUUUUAUCAUUGUAGUACUAUUGUAUGAAUUUAUUUUGUAAUUAUUCAUAGUACUUUCAUGUAUGUACAUGCGUUUAUUUAUUUUUGA